AUGUGUAAAGUUAAGAAUAAAGCCAAAAUGGCUUCUAAAAAGAUUGGUGUGCUCAACAGAGCGAAGCGGUGUUUCACAUCGGGGCACCGGCUUUUGCUAUACAAAGCUCAGGUUCGGCCCCAUAUGGAAUACUGCUCGCACCUCUGGGCUGGAGCACCCAAGUAUCAGCUUGAUCCACUUGACUCCAUCCAACGUCGGGCUGUUCGAAUUGUCGACGACCCUAUGCUUACAGACGGUUUAGAGCCCCUUAGUUUGCGGAGAGAUGUUGGCUCUCUAUGUGUGUUCUACCGUCUGUAUAACGGGGAGUGCUCAGACGAACUCUUUGAGUUGGUGCCUCCGUCACUCUUUUACCACUGCACGACCCGCCGAAGGAGAAGACUCCAUCCCCACUUCCUCGAUGCUUGGCACGUCACGACCACUCGAGCAUCUCGUUCGUUCCUUCCCCGAACCAGUAAGAUGUGGAAUGGCCUUCCUCCUGAAGUGUUCCCCUUGCGCUAUAACAUGGAGUUCUUCAAAAGACGUGUAAACAAGGUUCUCCGGAGUCGGCAACGCAUGGGUGAUGCCUCUGGUAUUGCUCGUGUCCAUGGGCGACAAUGA